AUGUCGACGCUGGAGAUGUUCGUCGCGCGCGAGCGCGGAUGGGAGGUGUUCACGCGCGCGGUGGCGACGAGAUUGGAUGACGCCGAGCUGUUGAUGACGCGCGCGACGUCGCGGACGAUGCGAGACGCGGUGAACGCGCACGUCGGACGCGAGCGCGCGUUGACGCUCGCGCGCGUGCGAUUGUUCGGUGAUCCCCGGCGGUUGGACGCGACGGUGGAGCCGGAGGUGGAUGAUUCGAUGGAGACGUUUUGGCGAAAGGCGGCGCGCGGCGCGCUCGGGCGUUGGGGACUAUCGAUCUCGACGGAAACGAUGUUAGAGACGAUCGAGCGACCGCCGAGUGGACGGGGGGAUGAACACGUGAAACAGCGAUUGAUGUACCUGAGAAAUCGCUUGGGGUGCCCGUGGGAUCGUCGCGUCACGGCGUCGCUGUUGCGAAAGGGAUACAUGUCGUCGUGGGCGUGGGCGACCGAUCCGACGAAGAAUGAGAACCCGUGCCCGUUCGAUCGAGGCGAGCCGCGAAAACAAACUUGGAUCACGAAUCACGGGAUCGAUCCCGAUGAAUACUUUGAAAAGCUAAAAAAGGAGUUCACGAACGAAGACGAACGAUUGGUCGACGUGUACGUCGACGAAGUCGGCCGAACGACGUUCGAAGGCGCCGAUACGUUUCGAGAGCCGAUGGACGACGACGAGUUCGACGAGCGGUUCGCGGCGCGGAUGAAGGAACUGGCGACCCUGCUCGUCGAGGAGGGCAUCAUCGAUUUCGUCUCCAAGAGCAAAUUUUUUCACGACGCCCUCGAGGAAGCGACCAAACACGAACAAGACGAACCUUUUGGAGGAGAGCUCUUCAAAGAACUGGCCAAAAAAUGA